AUGAAUCCCAGCUCAAUGGGUCCCAUGAAAGUUAUUAUGAAUAAAGCUAAGGAAGAGCUAAAGAUGCUCGGACCACAAGAGAAGCACUUCUUCUGUGGUGGUGACCGUAGCGUUGCAAUGGCAGCGGAGUUAUUGCAGCAGGGAAAAGUGAUCGCAGUGCCGACAGACACGGUGUAUGGUCUGGCUUGUCUGGCUGCUAAUUCGCACGCCAUCCAGCGUCUAUACGAGAUCAAGCAACGAGACGAGAAAAAACCAUUGGCCGUUUGCUUAAGUAAUGUCAAGGAAGUAGGUAUAUGGGGCAUCAUAGAUGACAUUCCAGCUGGUAUGCUGGAGGAUUUGCUUCCUGGACCGUACACAAUAUGCCUGCGACGCACAUCUGCUCUGAACAAGGAUCUGAAUCCAGGCAUUGACACUGUGGGUAUCCGUGUGCCCAACGACAAGUUCAUUCGCAGCGUUGUUCAAAUCGUUGGUCCACUUGCGCUCACCAGUGCCAACGUUAGUAAAGAGCCGAGCAGUCUGCACCCAGACGAGUUUCGCGCAUUGUGGCCAGUGCUUGACGGUGUCUUCCACAGUUCUAAUAAUCUCAAGAAGCAGAUCGAUAUGCGCAGGAUCGGUUCCACCGUGGUGGAUGUGUCAAAACCCAGUUGUUAUUCGAUUGUGCGUCACGGUAUUUCGGCGCAUACCAUCAUCAGGACAUUACACAAAUACCAUCUAAAAAUGGACACAACGGAGUGA